CAGAACAGUCCUGUCAGACUUAUUAUGUAGGUAGUUUUGAUUCACGAUUCACCUUUUGUUGGAAAGACUUCACAAAAACAUCUUAAAAAGCACAUAUUUAUCUAGCAAUUAUAAACUUACACAAGACCUUGUUACUAAAGUAAUCUAAAAUGAAUUACUUUAACUUUAGUAAAUUAGUGACGACUUUCAGCGUAAGCAGGUUAUUGGAAUGUCGAACUGCAACAACCAAAACAAUAAUCUCAGCUGAGGGAAAAGAUGUCCCGAAAAGAAAAAAUUAUGAGAACAGAAUAACUCUGAUUAGCCCUGAUAAUUCAGUUAGUAUAACUGACAUGAGGAAUGCUCAAAGUUUGUCUAUCAGGCGGGAUUUAAAGCUAGUUAAAAUACAAGAUGUGGAUUCGAAAACCAGGCGACCUGUGUUCAAGCUAAUGACGAAUGCUGAAUACCAUGCUGAAGAGCUUUCGAGACGUAAGGAGAAACAGACAGCCCGGUUAAAUAACCCGAAUAAAGGUGAAAAGUUAAUGACUCUGUCCUCAAGGAUAGGAGAGCAUGACCUAAUGACUGGAGUUAGGAAGAUGAUGAAGCUGCUAGAGAAACAAUAUGAAGUUAAAGUUAUUAUUGCAGGUGAAGAUGCACAGGCUGCAGAUAAAUCUGAAAAAAUAUACCACGUGAUAGAAACCCAAGUAAAGAAUGCCUGCAAAAUAGUGCAGAAGAGGAUGAAAGGUAACAGUUUAAGGUUUCAAUUGCAACCAUUGAGGGAAAGCGGUUCCCAAGGUAAUAAUAACACCGCAGACUCCAAUCAAAAUGAUAAAGAAAAGGGCCCGCUAUGACUAGGAGUGUUCCUAGUAGCUAUAUUAAUCACUAAGUAUUGGAUAUACAAAAAAUAUUAUUUUGGCAAUGGUGACUAUGUACCAAAAAAAGUAACUAGGAAAUCAGAUUCUAUGAAUUUAGAGACAUAAAUACCUAUAGCAUUUGAGAUUGUAUUCAUUACUAGCUGUUCCCGGCAGUUUUAUCUGAGUCUUGAAACAACUGAUUGUCAAUGCAACUUUUUCUGGGCAACUUGUUUAUUUAUUUUGAUUCUAUACAAACCUGUCUACAAUGUAAACAACAAAAAAAGAAUUAGCUGAAUUUAAUAUGUGGUUGAAUGACCAGGAAAAAUAGAGGGCGAUUUUUAAAUAUGUAGGUUUAUUUUGAACUUACAUAAGGCUAAAAUAAUACUGACAGGACUAGAUAUUGCAUAUAUUUUUCUAGU